GUGUCUGGGAUUCCUGGGCGAGCAUGACAUCAAAAGUCGAGACUCGAGACCACCCUGAGUCCCGAGUACCCCGGCCGCGAAGGAAGAGGAGUGAGAGAGAGAGCACGUCUGUGCCGGAUCCCUUGCACUGCAGAGUCGUCUUUCCCGUCCGAUCGCAGCUGCAGUUUCUUGAUCGGUCUUUCCUUCUCCGUAUCUGUCACUUUGCUCUCACAAGCACUGCCCCAGCCAACCUGCCUGCCUGGUCGUGACUGCCUUGGAUGCGGCUGCGCUGCCAGCCUCGACGCCGCACUCGCACCGGCACUUUCCUCGCGCGCACCCUUGCGCCUGCCCUCGCGACUGCCCUCGCUCCUUCCUUUGCGCUCGACUUCCACAAUCGCACCUGCACUUGCACACAUCCGCUUCCUCAGGCAACGAGCGGGUACGGACACGGCCAACACAAACACACGCCAUGGCAUCGUCUUCCAGCCUGGGUUCGGCUGCGGCCCCAGGCUCAUCACCCGCAGCUUCGGUCUCGCGACAUGAAGCAAGCCAACUCGUGCGGCAGGUUAACCGACUUCUCAACCGCCAGCUUUCGUCCGUUUGCCAGGUCAACGGAAUUAAGAGCACCGGCAUCAAGGCCGAGCUGCAGAAUCGCAUCGCUACUCUCAUCGAAGAAGCCGUUAUCGCCCAAGACCCGUUGCGCUUCCAGCAGAUCCGCCAGAGCGUACAGAACGCAAUCUCGAAUGCGCCUGCUGCUGGAGCCUCGCCCGCCCGAGCAAGCCAUUCACACAACCACUCGCCCGCUCAUGGUCAUGCCCUCGCGUCGCCGCAUCUGCCACAACCCAUAUCCUUCUCAACCAACUUCUCGCGUGACGGCAGCGCCUCUCGCCCUGCCCAUCGGACCACCAUGACUGGGUCCCGGCCAAACGUGAGCUUCAAGGCAAGCCCCUUUUACAAGAUUGAGGCUUCCGUUAGCGAUGUGCAUACUUGCGAUGCCAUGUCCCAGCACCGCAACUCCGUCACCAUCCCGCUCAAACUCCACGACCACCCAUCUCUGCAGCAGUGCGUUAACGACAAAUCCUACAGAGUGAUGGUCUUUUGCGCGGGUGACAACAUUGGAAUGCAGGACAUUGCUUUUCCUCACCAGUCCGAGUUGCGCGUCAACUCUGGCGAGGUCAAGGCGAACCUACGCGGACUGAAGAACAAACCUGGCUCUACUAGACCGGUUGACAUCACCAACGCGCUUCGCCUCAGACCCAAUUACACGAAUAAUCUCGAAUUCACUUAUGCGUUGACAAAUAAGAAAUUCUUCCUCGUUGUCAACCUAUGUAAGGUUACCUCUGUCGAGGAGUUGGUCACCCGUAUUUCCUCCGGCAAGAGGAUACCUAUACAAUCCGUCCUUCAAGAAUUUACCGAGAAAGCCCAGGACCAGGACGUCGUCGCGACUUCUCAGGUGCUAUCCCUCAAGUGCCCUCUCUCGUAUAUGCGCCUCGACCUUCCUUGCCGUGGCCUCAGCUGCGCGCACAUCCAAUGCUUUGAUGCCACGUCCUAUCUCCAGCUCCAGGAACAAGGCCCCCAGUGGCUUUGCCCCAUUUGUAAUAAGUCCGCGCCCUUUGAGCAACUCGCGGUUGAUGAAUAUGUCAAGGAUAUUCUCAGCAAUACGCCAAAGAGUUUAGAGACGGUGACUAUUGAGCCUUCUGGAAAGUGGUAUAUCAAGACCAGUGAUGACGAACGAGAUAAACAUGCGUCCCAGUCUCAACAAUCUCAAUUCGACAAUGAUGAUUACGACGAUGACGACGACCUGGAGAUUUCGGAGGUCAAUAUUAUCGGCCGCCGGCUUGAAACCCCAAAGAACGCCGCAUCUAGCACCAGCACACCCAUCUCAGCUGGUCCACGAGGAGUCGCGUCAACCAGUGCUAAGCGGCCUGCAGCCGCCGUUAUAGACCUCACUCUCUCAUCAGAUGAUGAUGAUGACGAGCCUAUCCAGCGACCCACCAAGAGGCAGAACACUUCCACCAAUGGCUUCCACAGCCCGGACAACCUGGAUUUCCUGAACGAGACGCUUGGGUACCCGUCUUAGGAAGACUCUGACCAGUCGCGCAGACGGCGAGUGAAACAUCGCAAGCCGAAGAAGGUGCACAGGCGGCGCAGCUGCGCAUAACGGGUUUGGAGAGAGGGCCACCUCUGGUCUUCGGCAGCUUUUGGCUCUCUGUUUAUUUUUUUACUUUUUUGCUUGUUCACUAUUUUGCAUUGGUCCAGUACGGCGUUCGAGGAGACGGAAAAGAUUCCCCUGUUGCCCGAAACUCGAGGUGGCUCUUUUGAUUUUACUAUCUUCGGUUAGUGUCGCGGAGUAUGGGGAGGGACUACGACCAUAACUGAAGGGGAGUUAUGGGGAUAAGAGUCAACGACUGUUGCAUAAGACGGCAUGGUUGCAUGGACAGGAUGCAUGGACGGACAGUGAGGAAGGAUAUAGGUUUUCCAGACACAUUAUCGCAGAGAGGAGACGAAAUGAUAAAAAUGUUGAAAGCAUAUA